AUGAACUACGGGUACAAUGACCGCAACUACAACGCGGCCAACAACCGCGCCUAUCCCACCACUCCCUCCGCCUUCCCUCAACCCAUCUACCAGACUCAGGGGGCCCAGGACUAUGUUGACCCCUCCAAUCCCGCCUACGCACCCGGAUACUUCAUGGCCAACCCUCCGUACCCCGCGCAGGCCCAGUAUGCGCAGCAGCAACAACAACAGCAGUAUGUCCAGCAGCAGGCCCUGCAAUCGCCCCAGCCCGCCUACCAGACCCGCGUGGGCUACGCCAACGAUGGUACGAACGGCUUGAUCCAGCAGUUCUCCAACCAGGAUCUCAACGCCAACCGUGGGGGCUUCUUCAACCGAGCGGCCUCCCCCGCUUCUCGCCCUCGGACUGCUGGAGGGUCUCCCGCUGGCCAGGCGCAGGCCGCGCACUUGGCCCCUCCAGUGCCUCGCAGCCCGCGCCCGCCGGCCGAGAAUGAGGAGCUGCAGCGACUCCCAGAUCGCUACUCGGAGAAUGUGCACAAGCGUGGCAAGGCCGCAAAGGAACUGGUUACGGUCUUCUUCCACGAGAAUAUCGAACGGGCUCGGGAUCGCAACAUGCGGUAA